AUGGAUCCCCUCGAAGGUCUAGACGCCAGCUUACAGGACUUCGAUCUCCCACCAAGUCCAUCAAUGCCCCAUCACUCAGCUCACCGCAGCGAAGCAGCAAUGACAGAGGGGGAUCUCGAGGAGUCGGAGACCGUCUCCGUAAGUGGGUAUUCGCCACCGGCGUGGCGAAGGCUGGGAAACGGAGACCGGAGUAGUGGCUUCUGGAGAGCUCCUCAGGACUUUAUGCACCAAGGGAUGAGCACGCUCAGAGAGAGCUCUCCUGAACUGGAUGAUAGUGAGGACGAUGGCGUCCUAGAGAGAGCCAUUCGGACGAGGCUGCCCAGAGGGAGCCAGAGUCCAGGCAAGGGCAGGAGUAUGAGCCCUGAGAAAGCGGAUGAUCCCACAAUUCAGUUUCAGCUACACGAGAAGACAAGUCCACCAAGAGAGCUGAGCUUGCACGAAGCGACACCAGAUAACUACAUCCGCUUUGCCGUCCGUGCCGAAGUUCAGCAUCGCACUGAACCCAUUGAGACAGCCAUCAACUUCAUUCGUGAUCACUACAAAGCUCUUACUAGGACAUGGUCAACCACUUUCACCACCAUCAUCAUUGCCUUCUUCUCUGUCUCUAUCUUCAAGUCUCUCUUACAGCCCGCUGCCCCACGCCCAGUCGGCGAUCUUGUGAAAGUUGCAGGAUUGGCUCGCUCAUUCGAACCCCUCAUCUAUUACUCUGAGCAUGCUGUCUCUCAAGUACAUGAUCUACAGGCGACCAGUGUUGCUGUCUGGGAUCUUGGUGAGAGUGUGCGUACAAGCGAUAUGCGCGAUGCUCCUAGAAUCGUGGCAGACCUAGAUGCUCUCAGCGAGACUAUGAAGACGUUGGCCAUAGAAAUGACCAAAUUCUUUGCUAGAGUCGAUGGUGAUAUUGAUGGCAUCCUCAACGUCAUGGAUUGGGCCAAAAUGCACCUCAACCGCCUCAAAUCAUCCCCUUCCCCUUCAACUAUCUCCUCAGCCUACGACAACAUUCACAAUCUUCUCUCUGAAGCACAUGUCCUUGAGGAUGCCUCCGGCUCUCCUACCGCCCUUGGUCGCUUGACCAGCCACAUAUUUGGCCUCUCAAAUCCGCAAAGGGAGCAACGCAUGGUGCAGCUCCUCUUCACCGAAUUUCUUUCUGUCCUUGAAGACUCCAUCCAAGCUGAGCUACAACAUAGCGUCACCCUAUUCGCCCUUUUCGAGGCUGUGGAUCAUCACUUUCUAAAUCUUGCCCGCACCGUUGUUCGCGAAUCGUCUGCCCAGGAAGAACUUCAUGCCGAUAUGCUUUCGAGCCUCUGGACGCGGCUUCUUGGUACAAGAGCGGCUGAAUUACGUAAAUUUGAACAGAAUCGUCUGCUAUUACGUGACGUCCGGGAAAAGACAGUGCGCAAUAAAGGCAUUCUUGUUGAACACAACGGCAAACUUUUGACUUUGAAAGCGUCCCUAGAAACUCUUCGCAGCAAACUCGUCUCGCCUCUUGUUCGCGGCGUCAACUCUACAACACUCACAUUGGAGGAUCAAAUUCGUGGUCUCAGCGAUGUGAGCGAUUACCUAGGUGAUGUCAGGAAACAGCAAAAGGGCAAAGUCAUGGAGACUCUGUUUGGUAGCGUACCUAGCAAAAAGUAUGCAAUCGAGGACAGGCCUGGCACUGUUGUCGUGAAUCCCCUCUAA